GUCCGUUUCACCUGAAAACGAAAAAUAUGAAUAUGGCCGACCUUCGGAAUCAGGUCCUACGAAAAUUCAAGCUGUUCAAGACCAAAUAGACAGUACAAAGGGUGAAAUUCAUAGGUCACUUCUUGAUAUGGCCAACCGAGGAAAAAAAUUGGGUGACUUGGAAGAACAAACGGCAAUGCUACAGGAGACUUCUAACGUUUUUAAGCUCCAAACAGCAAAAACCCGUAAGAAAUUGUGGUGGAAAGACGCAAAAUGGACUAUUAUUCUUGUGAUCGUUGCACUUAUCAUAGUGGCUAUUAUUGUUGAUGGUCCUGCUAAAGCUGUGAGAUAUGUAGGUACAUCAGGAGGGAGCUGA